UCCAAAUUCUUCAGCAAUUUUCCAUUACUGUUAUCGCGAAUCUUUCAGUGUUCUUCCAAUUUUUGUCCUGCGGGCUUUGAUUCGGUGAUUUGGAUUCGUGUGAAAUCCUGAUUCAAGCAAAAGCUGGGAAUUUUUUAGGAAUUGUUUACGUAUAGCGAAAUUGUGUGAGAACAGGAAAUGGUGGGAUCUACGCUGGCAGGCUUGCAAGAUCACGUGAAGUUGGCCAGAGAGUAUGCAAUCGAAGGACUCUACGACACUGCCAUUAUCUUCUUCGAUGGCGCCAUUGCUCAGAUCAACAAGCAUUUGAAUACUGUUGAUGAUCCAUUGCUCCGUACGAAAUGGAUGAAUGUAAAGAAAGCAAUUUCUGAAGAAGUGGAGGUUGUGAAGCAGUUAGAUUCAGAGAAAAGGUCGUUCAAGGAGGUUCCUGUUGGUAGACGAGUUAAUUCUCCUCCAAUAUCAGCCAAAUCAUCAUUUGUGUUUCAGCCAUUGGAUGAAUAUCCAACUUCUUCUGGUGCUCCAAUGGACGACCCCGAGGUGUGGAGGCCACCUAGUAGAGAUCCUACAGGUAGGCGGCCGACACGACCUGGUGCAGUGGGCACGAGGAAGUCACCUCAAGAUGCAACUUGGGCUCGUGGAGCUACAGCUAGAACUGCAGGGCGUGGAGGAAAGACAAGCGUUUCUAGUAAGGUGAACACCGGAGUCCGGGCAUCGACUGCUGGGAAAAAAGCUCCGGGGAGUGGGAAGUCUGCCUCCGGGAAGGCAGACGCUGCAGUAAGUAGUGGAGAAUCGGAGGAAGCAAAGCCGAAAAAAGUUCAGUAUGAAGGUCCUGAUGGAGACUUGGCUGCUAUGCUUGAAAGGGAUGUCUUGGACUCUAGUCCUGGUGUUAGAUGGGAUGAUGUGGCGGGGCUGAGCGAAGCGAAAAGACUACUAGAGGAAGCUGUGGUUCUUCCACUUUGGAUGCCCGAAUAUUUCCAGGGAAUUCGGAGGCCAUGGAAGGGUGUUCUUAUGUUUGGUCCUCCAGGUACCGGAAAGACUCUUCUUGCUAAAGCCGUUGCAACUGAAUGUGGGACAACAUUUUUUAAUGUCUCUUCUGCAACAUUGGCUUCUAAAUGGCGUGGAGAAAGUGAAAGGAUGGUGCGUUGCUUAUUUGAUCUUGCUCGAGCUCAUGCUCCCAGUACAAUAUUCAUCGAUGAGAUUGACUCUCUCUGCAAUGCUCGUGGGGCUUCUGGGGAGCAUGAAUCUUCUAGAAGAGUGAAGUCUGAACUUCUAGUUCAGGUAGAUGGUGUUAAUGCUUCUUCCACAAAUGAAGAUGGUACGCGCAAGAUAGUGAUGGUUUUAGCAGCUACUAAUUUUCCUUGGGACAUAGACGAGGCGUUAAGGAGACGGCUGGAGAAAAGAAUAUAUAUUCCAUUACCAAACUUCGAGAGUCGUAAGGAGCUUAUCCGGAUAAAUUUGAAAACUGUUGAGGUAGCUCAAGACGUGGACAUUGAUGACGUUGCACGCCGAACAGAGGGAUACAGUGGAGAUGAUCUAACAAAUGUUUGUCGAGAUGCCUCACUAAAUGGCAUGAGGCGCAAGAUAGCAGGAAAGACAAGGGAUGAGAUCAAGAACAUGCCAAAAGAUGAGAUCUCAAAGGAUCCUGUCGCCAUGUGCGACUUUCUAGAAGCCAUCACUAAGGUUCAACCCAGUGUAUCUGCAGCUGAUAUCGAAAAACAUGAGAAAUGGUUUACUGAAUUUGGGUCAGCAUAAGGCGACAAUGGCAAGGGCAAUGUCCCGUUUGUUUCUCUUUUGUAGUAAAAUCGUGCGCCCCAUCGUAAGCGAGCUUGUUUGUUUAUUCGCCCGUCUUCUGGUAAAAUUUGUUGUGUGUGUGUGUUUCUAAAUACAAUCGAUCGAUGUUUUGAUUUGUACGGUUUCAAUUUGAUGUUGUUGCUACCAUUUAUGCCCUUUUGGAAGGUCUUCUUUAUCUAUUUAUUUUGGGUAAAGUUACUGUGCUGAUCAAUUAAUUUUGAUAGUGAAAUAGUAAUCGCAAACCGAAGGCAAUGAUCAAUUAUGGCGUGUAUUUUCA